AGUUCCAGUUACGUUGCAUCACUUUAGCGCGCUGGAAAAUUGCCUUAAAAUAAACAACAUACUGUAGUUUUGUUGUAUUUUAUAACUAACGUAAUUUAGUCUAAACAACUGGUCUUUUGACGGAAACAUAUGCAUUAUUGAGUUCACAGCAACAACGAUUUUUACUAAAUGCUUUAAAAAAUACCUGUUUUGACGUGUUGUUCACAGGCAAAUCUUUGGACCAUAGCAUACAUCGGUACCGUUAGUUAAGCCAGCUGUCAGUUUGUGCUGUUGCCUUAACAUUGAUGUUGUCUGUCACUGUUCACAUGUGAAUGAGUUUACAGUGAAAGGCGUCACUUGUCAAAAUGCCGAAAGGAGGCAAGAGAGGGAGCCACAAGGGUCGCAUGAGGACGUACACCAGCCCCGAGGAGAUAGACGCUCAGAUGAAGGCGGAGAAGGAGAGGAAACAGCAAGAGCAGGAAGCAGAGGGGCAGGAGGGUGCAGUUCAGAAUGACGUGACAGAGGAGAAGUUACCAGGAUCCGGAUCAGAGGACAGCGAUGAUGAAGAUUCCCUGAGGAAGAGAGCGGGUGUGGAAGGUUUGAUAGAAAUCGAGAACCCCAAUAGAGUCGCUCAAAAGUCCAAGAAGGUGACGCAAAUUGAGCUGGAUGAGCCAAAGACGUUAUCGAGGAGAGAGAGAGAAGAGAUAGAGAAGCACAAAGCGAAGGAGCGCUACAUGAAGAUGCACUUGGCAGGGAAGACGGACCAGGCCAAAGCCGACCUCGCUCGCCUCGCCAUAAUCAAAAAACAGAGAGAAGAGGCGGCGAGAAAGAAAGAUGAGGAGAAAAAAGCAAAAGAAGCAGUGGCAGCAGCGGCCAGAGGAAUGAACUCCCUCUCACUGAAAUGAUGCAAAGUAUUUAUCAGAGGCGUUUUAACAUGUUCGUGGACUGGCACAGUAUAUAUAAAAAUAUAUAUAUAUGACUAUUUUUAAAAGAAACGAUAUGGAGAAUAUUCAACUUUACUGUAAAAUAUGACCAUUUGGAAAAUGGUUGAGGAGACACCAGUGGAGGGGCGAGUGUGUGUGCGUUUUGUCAUGGAAUAAUGGCCUUGUUGAUCCCUCCACUAAGUACAGCUACAAUUGAGAUUAUAUCAGUCUUCACAUACACCUGGAAUGAACCCCAUCUAAACCUUUAAGCUUGUACAUGACAGUAAUAAUGGUUGUACUUAUCAAUCAGAAAUUUGCUAACUGAGCUUUGCCAAUAUGUUUUGGGGGGGGGAUCUUACAUUGUAUAUAACUGAUUCAUGAAAAUAUUUCAGAUUAAUAUGAUGAAACAAGUAAAAUGUGUGUGUUCCUUA